GCGUCAACGAAAGGCGGUGUGCAGGUACGCGUUGUUCCGCCCAUGGCGGGCAUGCAGGUACACGCUGUUCCGCCUGCGGCUGAGGGCGGAAGAAGACCUCCGACGACGGAGCCUUCAAGGCGGUACGACCCCUCCAUGUACAACCAUCUGUCGUCGUGGGAGACGCCGCUGCCUCCCUCGGAUGAGGAGCCGGAGGGGGAUGAACUUCCAACGUUUCCUCUCGCCAGCGGGUCGACGCAGCUGUUGUCGCAGACGGUGCUCGCAGGCGGGUCGGCAAGCAACGGACGCGGCGAGUACACGACACUCCUGCAGCAGGGAUUGGAAGACGACGACGACGGGGGAGUUGAUCUCCGAUUCGGGUUGUCUUCUGGCGGCGGUAGGGAGGCGAGCCACACGUUCAUCAUCGACGUCGAUCCUUCACCGCGUUACAUUCAACAAUCCGGAAGUCGGCAUACAGAGCAGUCCACACUUUGUGGCGGUACGUCCGUUUGUGUCGGUGUCAAGCCAUCGUCAGCAGGCCGGCAGCAUGGAUCGAGUGCACCGUCCGCCGAUCGAUUGACAAGCACCUGCCCCGAACGCAACGGAGUCGCAGUAGGGUCCCUGCGCAUCGGCGGUACACUUCAUUCGAUGCCCAAAAGCACAACGUCGACCCAACCCGACCUCAGGGACGACGGCAAGUGCAGACCAGCGGUGCGUCCAACACCCAGUGUGGAGAACAUCACACGAGGAGUGUCGAACAUGCGGGCACACAGCGAUGGUGGCAACGACGAUGGUGGUGGCGGUGACGAUGCAGACGGGCGAUUUGGGGAAGACGUGGAGGCAGGGGACGACGACGACGACAUUCCUAUUCGGCCUAUGGGGAAGACGGGCAGGAGGGGGAGAGGACGGAGCAGGGGUGCUGUUCGUGGUCGAUCCGCUGGCCGUGGGGGCAGAGGUGGCGCCAACGAUGACGGCGGGAAGUCUGCGACGUACUGGUCCCCGGAAGAGCAAAUCCAACUGGUGAGAUGCAAGCGAGAGCAAGAAAUGCACCUCGCCGGUCUCGAUCACAAUUACGGGCGGAUGCGGACCAAGGAGUGGAAGUGGGAAGAUAUUGCCAAGCGCAUGGCGAACGCGGGGAGGCCGAAAGACGCGAACGACUGCAUGAAGAAGUGGGACAAUAUCUUCCAAAACUACAAGAAGAUACAGAGGUUUCAGAAUGCGAGUGGCGGACCAGAUUUCUUCCGGCUAUCGAAUGAAGAAAGGAAGGAGCACAACUUCAAGUUCCGGAUGGAGAGGGCGCUAUACAACGAGAUCCACAUAGGCAUGGUUGGCAACCACACAAUUUUCCCUCCCAACAUCGCCGACACUGGAAGUCCGGACGGGGUGCAUCUGCCCAGGCGAGGAGCGGGUGCUGGGGAGUCUGUUGGUAGUGAGGGCGCUGGUGAAGGCCUCCCUAAAGAACGUUCUACUAAGAGGGACUCCGACAACAACGCUGCCAGCGGGGCUGGAGGCGGUAAGCGGAAGAAUGCUCGUCAACAGGCGUUGGAGUCGAUUGCUGAUGUCAUGGACCGCCAUGGCGAACUGAUGUCGUCGACGAUCGAAUCAUCUAGCAAGCGGCAAUGCAGCAUAUUCACGAGGCAAUGCGACAUACUAGAGCAGGAAGUUGCAGUCCAGAAAGCGCACUACGCGGCAUCCGAUGAGACGCAGAGGAUGAUGUGCCACGCGCUUAUGGAGAUCGCUGCCGCCAUCCGUGGUCGGUCGGCGACGCGCACGUUGUCGUCUUCUUCCCGCGGAGGACUGAUCUCCUGCGUCGCGGGGGUGUUCAUCGUCGUCACGUCUUCUUCCUGCGGAGGACAGAUCUCAUGUGUGCCACGUGCACGUCGUCGUCUUCGUCCCGCGGAGGAGAGAUCUACUGCGUCGCGUGGAUAUCCAUCGUCGUCACGUCUUCCUCCCGCAGAGGACAGAUCAUCUGCCUGCCACGUGCACAUCGUUGUCGUCACGCCACAGCCGCACGGGAGACCUUUUUCACGGGAGACAUAUUUUUCGCCAGGUCGGCCACACUUCCCGCUCGUCCGAUCACACUGCCAAGCUCGCCUUCAAAGGUCGCCACGAAACAUGUCUACGCGAGGGAACACCCGUGGGAAGAAGCGCAACGUGGUCGUCGACGAUAGCCAAGAGCAGGGAAGAGGGCGGCGGCAGGCCCCGAAAGCGAAGAGGGUGCGUACGGGAGAUGCGUUGCCAAGGGUGCGUGGUCGUGGAGCGCAAGGUUGGGCGGGGGAAGCGGAAGGGGCCUGUGAGGAUGAGUUCACGGCGGAGGAGGAGCAGGCGAAGGCGACAACGUCUGAAGUACGCGAGAGCGAUCGGCAGUGCUCUUCUGAUCGCACCGCUUCGAAGAGGAUGCAGACCCCUCCACACGAGGCGCAGCUACUGCGUGGCCGUGAAACGCGGACAGAGAAGGCUCCCGUCGUCGAUCUUGGCGGCGAUGAUGACGAGCCCUUGGAGAGACGCCGCAUUCGCAUUCGUACGACGACGACCCCACCGCGGAGGUGGUCGUGCGGGUUGCUACAAACGAAAGGCCAGUCUCGGGCAGGCUGCCCGCCACGCCGUCCAACGUGGUGGCGGGGGGGAAGUCGUGGCAGACGCGCGUGCAGUUGGCGUCCAGGUGGCAGGUGUCGUGGGGGCGGUUGUUUCAGGCAAUGUGGGCGCCGUAGCGACUGGGAGGAAGGACGCAGCAGCUGUGGCGACGGCGAGAGAGGAGGCGCGUGGCAAGAGGAAAGUCAAGCGGGAGAUCUGUCCAUGGACCUACCGCUUUGGUUCGCCGGCGCCAACAUCGAGGACAAACCAGAGGACGACGACAUGGCGGCGCACCAGGACUCCACCGUCAUCCGCGUCUCAUAUGCAUUCCGCGCGGUCGUGCAAAUGGGGGCGCUCGUCGACGGCGAGUUCAUCUCGCACGAUCGUCUUUCUCGGGUGGCUGAUUGCUUCAGGCUGUUGUUGGCGGCGUGCAUGUGGAUAAUGCGCAUGGCGGGAGACGAUCCGCACAGCCACUACGAGGCUUUCUACUUCGCGGACCUCGUGGUGAAGCCCACACUCGUCGCGGCCAUGCAUCACUCCUUCGAUCAUCGACGAUCCGUUGUCCGCGUCGCGAAAGUCGUCACAGACAGGCUAGGGAAGGCGACCGCUACGUUCGGACAGUACCCCAACUACAUACCUCAAUGGGUGCCCUGCGACAUUGCUUUCAGGCACGACGCGAGCAUAACGGGGCCGGAGGAUGCAAAUAAGCUAGAUUGGUUGGGUUCGGGCCCCCCUGAUGAUGACAACAACGACGAUGGGAAAGAUGACGCGUAAGGGGGGGGGAGGUUGGGGCUGAUGGUUGGCUGGGGAGGAAGACGGAUGGGAUGGCAGCGGAGGUUUGGCUGCUUCUGUGGACUCGCGCGCAUGUAGUAGUGGAUGGUCGUCAUGCGGGAGGAUGGGGUUGAACCGACGCAAAGUGCGCACCUGUUUAGUGUGUCGGAGAGAGGGAUUCCGCAAGAUCGUCGUCGGUUGCACAAUUGUUUAGCGCGUCGCCUCUGCCACGAA